AUGGCAAACCUAGUGCCGUCGGCCACGAGUAGUCCUGCAGAUGAUGGAGUUGAAAAACCUGACCGGACUGUGGAAUGUAGCGAUUCCGGUCAUCUAUGUGCAGAAACUGCAGGACACAGAUGUGGCAAUAACGGACCAGGUGGUGACCACGAACACGGCAGUCAAACCUAUAAGAGCCGAUCAUUUUGGAAACGUACUAAGAAAUUCUUCAGGAGCUUAUUGUGCUGCACCUAUAGUUCCGAGCAAUAA